UCUAUAAUAAACUUUGAUACCUUUGUUUAACAAAAAUGUCUCAUAUUGAGAUGAUUGAUCUUACAAACUCUUCUGAUUCAACAAUAACACCUUCCCAGAUCACUACUUUGCCCCAACUUGGUAUGCACAGUGGUAGCUCGGUUGCGAGGGUUCUACCACCGUUACCUAAACCAAACACCUUCCCAUUCCCAAAUGGAUCUAGGCUCAGGGUUCCAUGGUCACAACAAGAACAUGAUUUAUUUGUGAUGGGGCUUACUGAAUAUGGAAAAGGGAAAUGGAGCAAAAUAGCAAAGCACUAUGUAUGCAACAAGACACCACAACAAGUUCAAUGUUAUGCUCGUAACUUUUUCAAAUAUCUACCAGCUUCAUAUGUGGAUCGUUUUAAGAGAAAGAAACUAUCUUCAAAUACCAACAACUUUGUUUCUAGAAAAAACAAAGAAACUCUCGAUCUUUUUCCUAUGAAAGAUUAUAGAGAAGAACCUAGUACUUUCAUGAAUGUGCCUAGGGUUUCUACUAAUAAUGGAGAAGUUGAUUUGGAACUUCGCUUAAGUUUAUAUAAGUGAGGUUUGAAUAAUAUGUGUCAAACAUGGAUGGAUAAAUUAAGCUACAAAUUAGUAUAUCAUUAUAAUAAGUGGCUCCAUUUGCACUCCACCAUGGAUUACUUAUUUAAAUGUGUUUUAAAGUUUUUCUUCAUUUUAAUAAUGUUUGUUCAGUUGUGAUGUUAAAGUUUUUUAUUUAAUCGUGCAUGUUUUGUCUUAAAAAUUUGUACUCUAUCAUGGAUUAUUUAUUUAAAUGUGUUGGAAAUGUUUUGUUUCAAA